AUGAAGUACACUGCACAGUUUAAAGCAUCAAAGGCUAUAACAUCAUAUGUAGAACCAAAUCUACAAUUAGUCGAACAAACUAUAGAAGCCAUUCCACCAAGAAGCAGUUCAUUAUCACAAGAAGAGAUAGCAAUCUUAGCACAAUUAGACCCAACUCACUUUAAUGUAAUAACUCCAAUUAACAAGUUCGCAUUUGACUACCUAACAU